GCUGAAGCUGAAGACAUGACUAUGGCAGCGCUCUCAAGCGCAACAUGCACUGAUAGAGUGGCAGCAUAUUUUGUGGGGUUGUCACGCUUCUUUGUAGUUGUGUUGUUUUUCUGAUCGCGCUUUCAAGUAGUACGCGUGGAGUCUUGCUACGCCAGGUUGUCGUAUUGUUGGCGAGCCUUUGCAAGCCAACGCGGUCGACAGCGUCAUGGCCAAUACGUCGUUACAAACUGUGACCUACGCCCCGAAGGCUUUCCAACUGUUACGGGGCAUUUUCUGCGUCUACAAGCCUGCAAAUGUCACCUGCGCAGAUGUGCGACGUGCUGUCAUAGGGAACUUAUGCCGGGACCUUAAUGAAAUGGAUGUGCGACCCCCAACAGACUAUGUUACUAUCGAAGGGUCUGUGUCCAAUAGUGUGGAACUUACUGUUAAGUCUUCCCCAAGUUUUGCAGACCAUCCUCUUGUUGUAGGCUCUCGGUACCAACCUCAAGAUUUUAACAUGGCCUGCGGUGUAAACCUUGGAAAAUAUACCUCUGGGGUGUUGUUAAUGAGGGUCCAUGGAGGCUACCACAAGAUGAAAAAGCUCUGUCAUUCUAACCAGCUUCGUACUUAUGAACUCCGAGGAGAAUUCGGAAAGGCAUCAGAUACGCACACACCACUUUCAAAGAUUGUUGAAAAGGCAACGUAUCGUCAUAUCACAGUUGCAAAGCUAGAGCGACUUCUAGGCUCCAUCCAAUCGGCAUAUCAAGUUCAAGCAUUUAAAUAUGCAGGUGUGCCCCUGAACAGCCAGGCAGCAUUUGAAAUGGCAGCUAAAGGCACGGUGCGACCUGCUGAUGAGUCUCCUACUCUUGUAUACAACAUUCGCUGUGUGGAACUGGAUCUGCCUUACUUCACACUUGAAGUGAGCUGCAUCCAUGAAACUGAGAACUAUCUUCUGCAGCUGGUGCAUGAAAUUGGGCUGCACCUUCAUUCGUGUGCCAUCUGCCAUCGUGUACGACUCGUACGCUACGGUUUGUUUAACACCGAUUUGGCCUUGCUGCGAAAGCAUUGGACUUUAGAAAAUAUCUUGAGAAAUAUUCAAGACUGCCAGCCGCUUGUGGCUCAAGAGCUGCUUGAGCCUCACUCGCCACAUUUUAUUGACUUUAAUGAAGCCAAACAGAUUCCUAGGCCAGGAAAAUAAUAGUGAGCCCGUGCCGUCACUGAACUGCCAGCUUAUUCUAGCUGUGUGUGUCUUUUUUUUUUUUUCAAUAAAAUGCCAUAUAUUUAUUUGUGCUAUG